AUGCCUCGAGAGGGAGCCGGGAAACAGAACCUAGCUCCUCCUGCGGAACUGCAGAAACAUCGCGCUCGGCAGCAUUCGCAGGGAUACUUCGAACCCUCGAUGCCCUCGGCCUCGCUGGCAAGCCAAUCAGUUCUCCAUGACAACCCAGGGACGCAUGGACUCACACCGUCCCAGAUCGCGGCGCAAGCUGCCAUGCAGCACCUCAAUGCCACCAACCACAAUCGCAAAAGAUCCCAAACUGUCCCCUUUCCACAAGAACAGAGCCAACAAGAGGGUCGCCGGAACAGCCGGGGCUCGAUAGGCUCUCACGAUAGCCCGACCUCACCUGCAGCCCCCGACCAACAAUAUCGGAAUGGUCUAAUCGGGACCAAUGCAGCUGCGACAGCAGCAAGUGUCGUGUUCCCACGGAAUGUCGCUGCAUCAAGUCAGGUGUCGUUGGUGGAGGAAGAGAAAUCUAAGAAGGGACUGAAGAGAUUCAGGCCGAAACACAUGGUUCUUUCCAGAGACAAGGACAAGGAAGCGAAAGAGAAACCUCCACCAUCACCAAAUAGACACGCCCCAAGUGGCCUAUCCAGGGUCAUGAAUGCCUCCACCGCCAGCUUGGCCGAUUCUCUUUCCUCGACCAAUUCCUCUUUCUACCAGUUGGCCAAUCCUUCAUCCUCCACCAUUGUUCCAGUUCCCGAGUCGAAGGACAAGGUACACAAACAUCACGGCCUACGGCAGAAACUCAAGCUGAAGGACAAGGACGAAUCUUACGCGCUUCCUUUGUCCUCGGCGAAUUCAAACUCUAGACCGGUGGAUGUUAAUAAUCCCCACUCGCUCUACUCGUUCGCGCCGUCAUCUCCUGCUCCCACGUCCAGCUUCUCGAAGACGGUCUCGGGAUUGGAUCUUCGACAUGGGGGACGUGCCCUGCGAGAGAAAAAGAAGGAGGAGAAGGCCCAGGCCCUGGCCAACCUGGAGCCUGUGUACAGCCGCGGAGAAAGCGAGACAUCUGAAUGGCCUUCGUUGGGAACGAGUUUCAGCAACGCAUCCAUGACCAAUUUCAACGCAUACACCGAAGUCAAAGAAGCCGGGAUCAACUUUGGCCUUUCCAACAUGUCAUCGGAUGAUGCGUGGGAUCUUCUGAGAGCCAAAAUACUGGUGGUUUUUGAAGGAGAGGCGGUGCGGAUCGCCGUGGAAGACCUGAACAAGCUGGUCACAAUCCAUGUGCAGAGAUGCGUGCAAAAGAGAGAUCCCAGCAUUGUCAUUGGGGAUCUGGAAGAUCUCUUGAGGACGGGCUUCUCUAGUCUUAACCAUACCUUGCGUCAGGGAUCGGACGACAGGCUCGUGUCCCAUCUCGUGAAGAUGUGGAUUCAAGUGUUUGGCUCGAUUUUGCCCUUUAUGCAAGCGGUAUUCCUCCCGCUUGACCAGGAAUUCAAAGGCCGAGGCAGCAUACUCACCAGUCCCAAGAUGGCGGCGGAAUUCUGGGGCGCUCUGCCCAGUGCGGAAACUGGCAGCCAGUUGUCAUCGUCGCCUGGGGUCGGGGACGGCGCCGAUUUUAGUGUUGCAGCCGGAGAAGAGCUGGAAGUGAGGCGGAUCCUGCUCAUUGCUUUCCGAGACAUCAUCAUCCUUCCACGGUUUGAAGUGUUAAAGGCGACAUUCUCACGGCUCAGUCUGGAUAGCAUCAAUGCAAGUUUGGUGCACUUGGACGCCGGCAAUCGAACUCGUGGCAACAGCGGAGGCAGUGACCGCCCGGGGACUGCACAAGGUGUCGAGCCGACGUAUGGCAGCUUCAACUCUCAAGGCAGCACGCUACUGGGAAGUGUCGGCUCGGGCGGCCGGUCUCGGGCCACGUCGAACCUGUCGGUGGUCAGCAAUCCAGCGCAGGACGUCGCUUUUCAGUCCUUCAGCUCUCCGCCAGCGGCCAGACCGACGGACAGUUCUUCGGCCCAAAUCACGGAGACGGUUGGCCGAAUGCUUCAAUGUCUCUCGGUUUUGUGCUCGGUGCAGUCGGGAGAUGAUGGUCAGGGGAAUAUGGAGGAGCUCACGCGACAACUCAAGUUGAACUGGCUCGGGCGUGGACGGACGGGCCGGAACCGGAAGGGCUUUGUUGGGAGCCGGGUUCGACCCAUGGGAAGCGUUACUUCCACCAUCCGCGGGCUCAAUCGUGACGGCAGCCCGACACCGACCCCCACCAGACACGGAACGGUCAGCAGGCAAGGGGACGAGGCUGGCCGAGGAGGGGAGUAA